AUGAGCAACACUGCAGACCCUUCGUUUCGCGAGGCCAAAGAACGCCAGGGCGGUCCGCAGGUCAGCACGGCCGACUUGUUCCGUUUGGAUGGCCGCACUAUCAUUAUCACGGGCGGUGCUGGAUAUCUAGGGAUCCAGGCCGCCGAGACCGUCCUCGAAGCAGGCGGCCAUGUUGUCUGUCUGGACGUUGUCCCUCGUCCGCCUCCAGGGCCUUGGGCCCAUCUAGAACAAGUCGCGGCCCAACGCGAAUUGACGGUCCUGUUCCGGCAGCUCGACCUCACCCAGGCCGACGCCGUCAACCAGGCGUUUGCCGACCUGAGCCCUCAGCUCCGGUGUCCGAUCCGGGGCCUGGUCGCCUGUGCCGGCGUUUCGGACAACGACCCGGCGGUCAACUUUUCCAUUGAGCGAUUCCGUCGCCUGAUGGAGAUCAACGUCAUUGGCACCUUCGCCGCUGCCAAGGCCGUCGCCGCCGAGUUGCAGAGGACCAAUCUCAACGGGAGUAUGGUGCUGGUGGCGAGCAUGAGCGGGAGCGUGGUGAACAAGGGCGUCGACACGGCCGCCUACAACACGUCCAAGUCCGGUGUCUUGCAGCUGGCCCGCUCGCUGGCCGCCGAAUGGGGAUCCCGCAAGGGCAUGCCCCUGAUCCGGGUGAACACCCUGUCGCCGGGCUACAUCCGGACCCCGGCCACGGCCGAGGCGCUGCAGAAGCCCGGCAUGGAGAACCAGUGGGUAGGCGACAACAUGCUGUACCGCCUGAGCUCCGUCGACGAGUUCCGCGGGCCCAUUUUGUUCCUGCUGUCCGACGCAAGCAGCUUCAUGACCGCCGCCGACCUUCGAGUCGACGGCGGGCACUGUGCCUGGUAG